UAUCUAAUAAUUCUAUUCUGUAUCUGUGCGUUUGUGAUAGAAACUUGAAAAUAGAAAAGAAAUUUAACCUACAAAUUAAUUUAUUUGUAAUUUGUAUUAAUAAUUAAAUUUAUCUUCAGUACUUAUGUUGCACAAAUUUUACAAAUCAUUUCGGUCUUUGCACGCUUUAGUUAAUAUCUCCAAAAACCACAAAAUGAACCAUGAUAAAUGCUAUUUUCGAUACAUAGAAGCUGAAGAUAAAAUUAACAUAUGUUUUCUAUUUAAUAUUAAAGACAGUGUACGCCAAUUUAAUUUGACUAGAAAUACAUCUGAAACUAUACAGACAUUAUGUACACGUAUUGCAAUAAAUGUUAAUAAAGUUAAUAACAAGAAAUCAAAGAAAGGUGCUGAGGGUGACCACAAUAUUGUGGUGCAAAUCUGUGAUGAUAAAUUAAAUCCUAUUACUGAUGACUCAACCUGUUCAACUUUAUUUAGUUCCCAAGAUCCAUUGGUAUUGAAAAUAUCAGAGCGUUUGUACAACAUAAUACUUAAUGCUCCAUGGAUUAUUAGUUUCAAUUUACCCAAGGCUAUAACAGCGGGAUUCCCAGUGUACCCUGAAAAUUUAAAUACACUUUAUACUGACCAACACCUGAGUACUUUUAACUGGUAUAAAGGAAAUGCAUAUAAUGACAAAGGAAAAGAAAUCAGUAUUGCACACAUUCAAUGGCAGUUUAUUGUCAACAGCUUCUGUUACACUCCAACAAACAAUGAUAUUGGGUUAAAACUUAAAUGUGAAUGUAUACCAGUGAAUAGUACAGCUGAAGGUCCAGCUGUGGAAGAUGUGUCUAAGGGGACAGUUGAAGCUGGUCCAGGACCUUGUCCAUUUGAAACACGACAUUUAUUCACUACACAAAAAUUGGAAGGGAAGAGUUUUCGGUGUGUUUCUUACAACAUAUUGGCAGAUUUAUAUUGUGACUCAGACUAUACAAGGACAACUCUACAUCCUUAUUGCCCCCCAUAUGCAUUGCAUAAAGAUUACAGGAAGCAGCUCAUCUUAAAAGAGUUGCAAGGUUACAAUGCUGAUAUAAUUUGCUUGCAAGAAGUUGAUAGAAAGAUCUUCAACAGUAGUUUAUCUUCAUACUUAGCGUCAGAUGGUUUGAAGGGUUUAUUUUACAAAAAAGGCAAGUUGGUCGCUGAAGGUUUGGCUUGCUUCUACAGAGAAAAUAGGUUUAAAUUAUUGGGAGAUAAACAUAUAAUAUUAGCGGAUGCCUUAACUAGUGAGCCAAGCUUAGAAGGUAUAUGGAAUAAAAUUAAAACCAAUCAGCCCCUAGUUGAGAGAGUGUUAGACAGAUCAACUGUGGCGAGCGCUACAUUCCUGGAAUCUCUUGAAAAUCCAAAUGAAAUACUUUUAGUUGGUAAUACACAUUUAUAUUUUCACCCUGAUGCUGAUCAUAUACGAUUAAUACAAGGAGGAAUUGUAGUUUAUUGGCUAAGGGAUUUACAGAAAGAAUUAACUGCAAAGUAUCCAGGCAAACGAAUCAGUGUAAUCCUGUGCGGUGAUUUUAAUAGUGUUCCAUCAUGUGGGAUUUAUAUGUUGUACACAAUAGGAGUAGCGCCAGAUGAUUUGCCGGAUUGGAGUUCAAAUGAAAAUGAAGCAGUAAAAGGUCUAAGUUUGGAACAAACUAUACCUCUAGAGAGUGCCUGCGGAGAACCGCAGUAUACUAACUUUACAGUGGGAUUUGCAGACUGCAUAGACUACAUUUUCUAUGAAAAAAGCAAAUUAUCCGUUCAACAGGUAAUACCAUUCCCGAGUUAUGAAGAGUUAACAUUACACACUGCAUUACCUAGCAUAGUUUUUCCAUCUGAUCAUAUAGCUGUUAUAUCAGAUUUACAGUUCAAAUAACUUUAUUAGUUGUAGUGUAGUACCUAGUAACAGUUGAAAUUGAGUUGAAACCGAAAAUCUAAGCUAUCUUGGUUGCACUUACUGGUCUUAUGGAGCCGUUCAAGCCCGACCGCUCAGAAAUUGCGUUUCUGACAGGUCGUGCGCAUGGUAGGUACAUAGAUAUUAAUAGUUUAUUUUCUUAAUACAAACAAGCUAGAGUACCUACAUAUAUUAUGUGGGUCCGCGGACCCCGUCCCCCUUGCGACUUCUAGCGUUUACUAUGUUCUAUAAUAGACCAGGGGCUGUAAGUUAUUGAGUAUACAUAAUUCGAGGACCGCAUACUGUUUACAGUUUUGAACUCAGAAAAGCAUGCAGAAUACGAUUGUUACCCUAGCCCUACGGCUACCACAAGACUUCUUCUUCUUCUACCACAAGUCUUGUGUCUGGGAUGAACGGAAAUAAUAAUGAUAAUAAUAUUUUUUUUUAUAAAUUUUGAAUAGUGUAGGUAUUGUAUUUUAUCAACAUUGUUAGAAAUUAAAAAAAAGGAUUAAUACCUAAAUUAGAGAGAGGAUAUUUUAAUUACGAUAUAAAACUUGUUACAGAUUUUAUUGUUUUAAUAAAAUGUAAUUCAUUAAU